AUGCCAUUCAACAUCCUCUCCGUGGCUUUCCAUGCCUCCUUUACCGCCGUUUCAACCGGCGUAACGCAUUAUCUCGGCAAGAAGCCUGUCAAAACAGAGCCUGCUGCACAUUUCUCAUACCAUAGCGGACUUGAGGUUGUUCGGCGGUUCCUCGAGCAUGCAUCGCGCCAUACGGUUGAAGAACUUCAAGCCUUUACCGGCCAGAAAGUGCCAGCGUCGUAUUGGGUGGCAACUGGGAGUGUCAUUAUCCCUGCAGAGCACAUAGAGUCUGCAGCUCACAUUCUCGUUGCACAGCUAGGGCCAGAAGGCGUAUCCCUAGUUGGUGGGAGCAAGUGGUGGCAGUGGAGGGACACCGAGGCUGCCCUUGUUGCAGAGUGGCUUGAGACUAGAAGAGAUUAUAACGACCGACGGGCGCGGAAUGCCAAAUCGAACCGUAUUAUUCUCUAUAUCCAUGGCGGCGCAUAUUUCUUUGGUACUCGAUUUCGAUUAGCUCCACAAUUUCCAUUUCCAUGUGGGCUACAUGACUGCCUUGCAGCUUAUUUGUAUCUAAUAACCAUCCAAAAACCAGAGGAGAUUAUAAUAGCUGGCGACUCCUCAGGUGGUGGGAUGGUGAUGUCGAUGCUAGUCACACUCCGGGAUCAAAAAUUUCCAUUGCCCGCUGGAGCUGUUCUGAUAUCCCCUUGGGUUGACUUAACGCACUCUUUCCCAAGCGUUGCUGGUACUGGAGUGCAUGAUUACAUUCCCAUUUGCGGAUUUAGGCACCGACCGUCAACUGCAUGGCCUCCCCCAAGCGCAGACGAAUAUGGAAUAGAGUCAACGACAGGUGAGAAGAUUCUUAAUAAGAUCAAUUCACCCCCCAUGGUGGACAAGCCAUCAAUCACCGACACCAAAGCUAUCGAAGACUUUUAUACCAGUCAGGCCUGUGCUACAGCUCAGUCGGCUCAUGUUGAGGAUUACACAACUUCUGAACUUCAAGAGUCAAAUGGCCAUCGUCGAAACACCCAGAUGCUGGGCGAGCUUCUCCGAGUUGAAAUCGACGGUGCAACUAUCGAAAUUAAAGAUCAAAUUCACCUAUAUACGACUAACAAGCUUAUAUCACACCCCCUGGUAUCUCCUGUUCUCCAACCGUCUCUGGGAGGCCUUCCGCCGCUACUUGUUAUCUCUGGUGGAGGGGAACUCCUUCGAGAUGAGCAGAUAUAUCUUGCACAUAAGGCAGCGAAUCCAGAAGCAUACCCCCCCAAUGACGAUAUCCUUGCCAAGUAUGACCCGGACUGUAAAACACUGUCCCAAUACAAACCUACUUAUGUACAACUUCAAGUCUGGAAUAACAUUUGCCACGUUGCACCGACCCUGAGUUUCACGCGGCCAGCAAAAUAUAUGUAUAGAUCAGUUGCCCAAUUUUCCGCCUGGGCCCUAUCAAGAGCACAGGAGUCGAGUAUUGAUAUACCAGACUCAUCCCCUACCUCAUCUGGUGACUUAUUAUCAAACGCUGAGGAAAAGAAAGCUUCAAAUAAACAAACCGCUGAACCAGAGCUAGCUCAACAUGCAACCAUUGGGAAAGCUGGUGACCCAAUACCGCCAUUUCAAAACCAUAUGAUCCGCCAAUUGGUUGAUUCGGAGGGCCAUUUGCUCCCACUUCCUGACGAACAUGACCUUCCCGCUCUCCAAGUCCCGCGGAACCACAUUGGGGUACCAAAACCCAUACCGGUUCGCCGCUGGCUUGCCGCCAAAGAAGAAUGGGACUCCAAAUUCGUCAAAGAAAAGCGUAGAUUACAAAAAGAGCGACUGAAGCGGAUUCCUAUCGGAAUUGAUGAUAUAGCACCUGGAGACCGUCCUCCACCUAGCUCACGGGCUGCACGACGAGGAGUUACUGUCAGUGAAGUGCGGCAACCAACGAAGAGAAGCAUCAUGCUGUCGUUCUGGAACAGAUUAGGUGCAAUUCACGAUGCCAAAGUGAUGGAAAAGGAAAAGAAAAAUAACGUUGAAAAUAAGUUUCCAACUCUGUGGCGAGGGGGUGUUCAAGGUGAACAGCGAGCUGCGGCCAAUGUCUCACUGCCAAAUGGACAAAGCAAAACUCAGGUUGUUACGGAUAUUGGUCAAUCCAACGAGUCACAGCGGGAUUUUACUACGAAGCCUAGUAGGGCGAUUCCAGAAGCAUCUGUACCACAAAUCUGGAGAUCCCCUAGCAGUGAAGAGCUUGGGAGAACACGCUCUCCACGUCUAAAUAGCGAAUCCCAGGGGGUUGUUAGUGACAAAGGCCGGGGUCCAAAAGAUGAAUCGCCUGUUGACUCACUACUUGAUGAAGCAAGUAUACGGACAAUUCGACACUCGAAGGGAAUAAUCAGUCCUCCACCGGUUUCAGCUGCCCCUCUAUCCGACUACCAAUCUGUGCUACAGCCUGGGCCAUACAGCGUCGACAAGACAAUCGUUGGUGGACCAACACAGAAGAAUGAAGGUACCUCUGGAGAGUCAGAUGCAGUCACUCAGGAUUUACCUGGUGAGGUUGUAAAUCGCAUGGAUGGGAAUAAACUACCGAUGUUUGAUUUUGAAGCAACAGGCAGCAAUCCGCAGCGGGAGCUGGGGCCAUUCCCUUCCUCACUGAAUGGAAGUGGUGGUGGUGGUGCUCGGGAUAACCAGAGCGGGUAUUCCAGCAACUACAGCUAA